AUGGAUCUCAUCUUUCUUUGUUCGUUUCUCCUCAUUGCAACUCUGGUCGCCCACGUCCUACAACGACGUUGGCCAAAGUCCAAAACCAAAACCAAAACCCUCCCUCCAGGCCCACCGAGAUUGCCGAUUUUUGGCAACCUUCUCCAGCUGGGCCAACAGCCCCAUAGGGACCUAGCUUCCUUGUGCGACAAGUAUGGACCAUUGGUGUACCUCCGCCUCGGCAACGUGGAUGCCAUUACCACCAACGACCCGGACACCAUCCGGGAAAUCCUACUCGGACAGGACGAUGUGUUCGCCUCCCGUCCUCGUACCCUCGCCGCCGUCCACCUGGCCUAUGGCUGUGGUGAUGUGGCGCUGGCCCCCUUUGGGCCACAAUGGAAGCGAAUGAGGAGGAUCUGCAUGGAGCAGUUGUUGACGAUCAAGAGGCUGGAUUCAUUCUCCAAGCAACGAGAGGAAGAGGCCCAACAUCUAGUCCAGGACGUCUGGGCCCAGUCUCGAACGGGGAAGCCCAUUGACCUGAGGGAGGUGUUGGGAGGGUUUUCGAUGAAUAACGUGACCCGAAUGUUGCUAGGGAAGCAGUACUUUGGGGCUGGAUCUUCGGGCCCUCAAGAGGCGGCGGAGUUCAUGCACAUCACCCAUGAGCUGUUUAGACUAUUGGGCCUAAUCUAUUUGGGGGAUUACUUGCCAUUUUGGAGGUGGAUUGACCCGCUUGGAUGCGAGAGAAAGAUGAUGGAAGUCGGGAAGCGGAUUGACGAGUUCCAUAUCAAGAUCAUUGAAGAACACAGGGCGUCGUCGAAUAAUGAAAGCAAGGAAGAAGCUAAAGAGAUGGAUUUUGUUGAUGUUCUGUUGUCGCUUCCUGGAGAGGAUGGGAAAGAGCAUAUGGAUGAUUUGGAAAUCAAAGCUCUUAUUCAGGAUAUGAUAGCGGCAGCGACAGACACAUCAGCCGUGACCAACGAAUGGGCAAUGGCAGAAGUAAUAAAGAAUCCAAACGUCCUCCGCAAGAUUCAAGAAGAGAUUGAUUCCGUGGUGGGGCGGGAGCGAAUGGUGAAAGAGUCGGACCUAACCCACCUAAAUUACUUGCGUUGCGUGGUUCGAGAGACCUUCCGCAUGCACCCGGCCGGCCCACUCCUAAUCCCGCAUGAAUCCUUGCGGCCCACUACCAUCCAGGGCUUCCACAUUCCGGCCCAGACCCGCGUUUUCAUCAACACCCACGCAUUGGGCCGCAACAGGAAGAUAUGGGCUGACGUGGAUGAGUUUCGACCCGAGAGGCAUUGGCCAGCUGACGGGAGUCGAGUGGAGAUCAGCCAUGGAGCCGACUUCAAGAUUCUUCCCUUCAGCGCCGGCAAGAGGAAGUGCCCUGGCGCGCCGCUGGGGGUCACGCUUGUGCUCAUGGCUCUAGCACGAUUGUUUCAUUGCUUUAAUUGGACCCCGCCGGACGGAGAAACUACUAUUGACACCACAGAAGUCUAUGGAAUGACGAUGCCCAAAGCUCGGCCUCUUCUUGCCGUCGCUACACCGCGUCUCGCAGAUCACACCUAUCACUGAUCCCAUUGCCUCCAUUUCUAGAUACUAUUAUAUUACACAAUAACCUCAAGGAUCAAACCACACUUUCUAAACUAGUUUUUCUUCCUCCACCUACUUCAACCUAAAAUCCCUGUAUUUCUAAGUCCUCAAUCGUGACUAUUUAAUUAUAAUACUUCUCUCAUAUUAUAUUUUUAAUGUCAAUACCUUAUAUUAGA